CCACUUCUGCUAGGUUGCUUUACCGGGAGUGUACCCGAACCGCGAUGUCCUCGAGAUCCCAUGACAAAUCAGAGAACUUGCAACUUUUGUGGGAGAGGAUAAAAGAGCAGACCAUUUUUGCUUCAGAUAGGCAGCACCCCUCUCCUCCACACGGUGUCCAAGAUGCGCUUCGCUACCCUCGCUUCAUUCAUCGCGGCUGCACUCAUUCCCAGUACAUAUGCCGCCACUUACCAGCUCUCAGACAAUUGGAUUGGUUCUGCCUUCCUGAAUACCUUUACGUUCGAGGCUAUUGCGGACCCAACCCAUGGACGAGUGAACUAUGUCGACCAAGCCACAGCCCUCGCCCGGAACUUGACCUAUGCAAACGGCGACACCUUCAUCCUUCGUGCCGAUGAUACUACUACCCUCAGCGCUAGCAGCCCGGGCAGGAACAGUGUCCGCAUCCGCAGUGUCAAAACGUACACCACGCAUGUCGUAGUCUUCGAUGUUCGCCACAUGCCCCAAGGCUGCGGUACUUGGCCCGCGGCCUGGGAGACCGACGAAGGCGAUUGGCCUAACGGCGGCGAAAUCGAUAUCGUAGGCGUCAAUGACCAAUCGCCGAACGCAAUGACCCUCCACACGGGCGCGGACUGCUCGAUGCCCACCAGCCGCACGAUGACGGGCACUGCGACGGGUAACAACUGUGACGUGAACACGGACGGAAAUACCGGGUGCGGUGUUCAGGCGUCCACAGCGAACAGCUACGGCCCGUCGUUCAACGCGAACGGCGGCGGCUGGUACGCGACGGAGCGCACUGACGACUUCAUCAAGGUCUGGUUCUUCCCCCGCAACGCGGGCGGUGUCCCGGGCGAUGUAAGCACCGGCCCUGCGACGAUCGACACGGACAAUUGGGGCACACCGACUGCGUACUUCCCCAACACCGAUUGCGACAUCAACUCUCACUUCGACGCCAACAAUAUCAUCAUUAACCUUACGCUCUGUGGCGACUGGGCGGGCCAGUCCUCUAUUUUCAAUGGCGCUGGAUGUCCUGGAGACUGUGUCGACUAUGUCAACAACAACCCUGGCGCGUUCAGCAGCGCCUACUGGGACAUCGCCUCAGUCCGUGUCUACGAGUAACCUGUCCGACAGGCUAUCGCCGAAAAGAUCUCCAGACAACAAUACGCCAUCAGGCAAACUGCAUAUGCCGUCUUCCUUCUUUGUGGGUCAUAUUAUCGUACUUGUGCGAAGAUUGUAUCGUUGCCACGACAAGUCCGUUCGUAUACUGUGUUGUAUAAAUGUGAUGUAUUGCCUGUAGACAUGUUUUAAUCGUACACCGCUAUGGCCAAUAUCUGGCCCGGAGUUUGCAAACACCUGCAUAUCUGCAUCGAGCUCGUCCCACG